AUAGUGAGCAAGUGGUGCAUUGAUCACAAUUUAUCCUUUAUUGGUCUCCCGCGUUAUGUCGGAUUUGGACUCCAUAAUUAUGGCGGAAGAAAAUAUCGGUUUCUUGUUAUGGACAGAUUUGGAGAUGAUCUUCAAUCAAAGAUCAUGUCCUGCAAGAUUAUAAACUCGCUAUCAAUGAGGUUAACGCUUUGGAAUACUUACACGAACAUGAGUAUUCAUGCUGACAUCAAAGCUUCCAAUUUGCUGAGUUCUUUAUAUGUUUUGGCAGAUUUUGGGUUGUCAUAUCGGUAUACUGCCAAUGGAGUUCAUACAAAAUAUACUCCAAAGCCAAAAAAGUGUCAUAGUGGAACUAUCGAGUUCACCAGCAGAGAUGCACACGUGGGUGCUGAUCCUUCGAGGAGAGGAGAUUUUGAAAUACUUGUAUUUGGUCUUAUUCGCUGGUUGUGUGGUUUCCUUCCAUGGGAUGCCGUCACAUCAGACGUGAGUUCUGUCGCCAAAUUAAAAGACGAGUAUCACAGGAAUAUAAUUAUUAUUUAG